AUGGCCAUUCAACCUGUUCACCCAGACCAACUCUCCAUCCCCAUCAUCGACCUCGCACCCGUCCGGUCAGGCACACCGGAAGAGGCUCGCGAGACCGGAAAGAAAGUCUUUGAAGCAUUCAGAGAUGUCGGCUUCGCAUACAUCAAGAACCACGGCCUGCCUCAAGAGCUUCAAGACCAAGCAUUUGAAUGGAGUUCCAAGUUUUUCGCCCUCCCACAAUCGGAAAAAGACAAGGCGCCUCACCCGCCGUAUGGCUGGUGGCACCGCGGCUACUCAGGGGUGGGACGGGAGAAGGUGGUGCAGAUGGUGUUCGACGCCGAAUCGAUCGAGGAGCUGCGCAAAUGCCCAGACUUUAAGGAAUCGUUCGAACUGGGCCGCGAGGACGACGAGCGCACGCCCAACAUCUGGUUCCCUGAGGAAGUGCUGCCAGGGUUUCGCGAUUUCAUGACCAAUUUCUACGAGACGUGCUAUGGUGUAGAGUUGGACCUGCUGCGCGCCAUCGCGCUGGGCAUGGGCCUGCCGGCCACCUUCUUCCAGCAGUACCACACCAAGAAGGACAACCAGCUGCGGUUGCUGCACUACCCACCCGUCGAGGCCGAGCUGCUGCGUGACGGCCGCAUGGAGCGCAUCGCCGCGCACUCGGACUUCGGCACCAUGACGCUGCUGCUGCAGGACGAGGUGGGCGGCCUGGAGGUCGAGGAUAUCCAUGAAAAGGGCAAGUUCAACCCGGCCCCGUACGUGCCUGGCACCAUCGUCGUCAACAUCGGCGACUUCCUGCAGCGCUGGAGCAACGACACGCUCAAGUCGACCCUGCACCGCGUGCGGGCCCCGCCCUUGGUCGAGGGCAUCACCAGUGCCCGCUAUUCCAUCCCCUACUUUGUGACCGCCGACCGCGAAAAGACCAUCGACUGUAUCCCCGGCUGCUACGACGAGUCCAAGCCGAAGAAGUACGAACCCAUCAACGCCCGAGAGUAUAUCGAGAUGAGGUUGAAUGCGACCUACUAG